CGGUCGCGCAGUGACAGUCACACACAGCCAGGCAACUUAUGUGCUGACGCAGUGGAGCUGUCGGUGGAGUUAGAGCGGAAACGAGGCUUGAGACGCAGCGAGGGCGGGGAAUGCGGGGGACGUGCACUGCGCAUGCGCCGGACGGUCUCCCUGACGCUUUGCUGCUCCGCCCGGGAAGUUUCUCCUGUGUGUCUGGAGCCGGCUCUUGCUGUGUGUGUCCGCACUGGUGUUUGCCAUCAGUCAGCCGGUGGCGGUUGUGUUUCUUCACCAGGAGUCAUUGGGUUAUUACUGUAGCAAGGAAGCAGGGCCCGAUGAGCAGAGAAGACGGAGACUCGAUCACUCCCCCCUCAGGCCGUGAUGACCUCACAAAAACGGAAGUGCUCUUUGCCAGGAACCACCGCAAAGCGUCAGAAACUUAAGGAGGAAAGUGAAUGUCCUCCUGUGACGUCUAGAACGAGAAAUUGUGUUAUAAACAAAUCUAAGUCCAUCCAGUGUUCAACCCAAAAGAAAAAAAACACAAAAGUAUCCGCAAAUAAAGCCAUAAAGAAAUUGCAAUCUGCUCAAUUAGAAACUGGACGGAAGAAGAACGUAAAUUUAAACGUUACCAAAAAAAGUGCUGUGAAAAAUGUGCCUGCAAAGGACAAAGUUCUGCGUGUAGCCAAAGACUUGACUGCUUUAAAAAUAAAUACUCAGAAAUCCCCUAACAAUCCUUCAAAAGCACACAAGACUAUUCAAUCCCGUGUCUACAAAACAGAGGCAAGAGGAACAUCUGUACAAGAUAGAAAAACUAAAGUUAUAAAAAAAACUAGCAGAUGUCCGUCGGUGAAACAGGUUAAAAAUGAGUGUGUGAAGAAGAAGAAUGGCCUCACUAAAACCCCAAAUAAAAGAGUUUUAAAAUUAGUGCAGGUAAAGGAGGAGACCAAGAAGAUAGGUAAAACCACACAAAGCAAAGCAAGCAAGGGUGAUAAGCAACGGAAAGUAAAAGAACAAUCUAAAAGAGGAGUUAGCAGAAAUAAACAAACUUCUGCAAAUGUUAAGAAGCGAGCAUCCAUUGUGAAAGCAGCCGACAAAAAAACAAAAUUAGACUGUAAAAAAGAAUCUGGUGAGCCACUGCCUACUGCUCUGAAGUUGUCCGGUUCACGUAGGGUAGGAGAUAAACAAGCAAAACAACUCCAGCAGCAAACGGUUAUUUCAUCUUUGUCUAAAAAGAAACCUAAUAAUAAAACAAAGGCAGAAGGUGCACAAAUAGUAUCUAAGAAGCCAGUGUUAAGAACUAGACUGAAUAAAGAUGGUACAAAAGUUACAAGGGUAACAAGUCCAAAAAAUGUGGCUCAAGCAGAGAGAACAACACAGUCUGGAAAAAUAUCUAGUGGCAAAUUAAAGAGAGAAAUUGCAGUUAAAGAUAAAUCUGAACCAUGUAGUAGUUCUAAUGUAUUGUUGAAUAAAAAAAUUAAAGGAAACAAUAAAGCUAAAGCAGUAUUAUCUACAUUGCCUUUAAAGCGCAAGAGGGAUAGGAUUAAACCUGUAGUCAAGGGAGCAAGUAACAAAGUGAAAAAGCAGAAAGCUACUAAAGCAGCAGACGAUAAAAAUAAACAGGUCACACCUACUGAAGAUGACCAGAAAUCAAAGAGAAUUAGUAUCUUAGAAUUGUGCAAUGAAAUUGCAGGAGAAAUAGAAUCUGAUACAGUAGAAGUUGCAAAAGAGAUACCUUGUGUUCCAAACGCACUCACUGUGGACAAGCUUGCGGAGAACCAAGAGCACAGCCCGAUGGAGGUUUUACCACCACCACCUGCUGAAGAAAGUCUAGUAAACCAGUCCAAACGUUUCUUUCCAAGCAGAAAACCACACAUGAAAUGUAAGCUUGAGCAAAAAGCAAGUCCUGGAGUAAAAAAUUCCAAGUGGAACAAAAUUAAACUAAAAAAUAACUUUACUCAAAAUAAUGUACUCCGAACUCAAGCUGUGCUUCCCAACCUUGAGAUGAUUAAAGCAAAAGUCUCACAAGUGCAACAGUCAGUGACUGGCUUGAAUACCCCCAAAAGCUCAAAUAAGUCUGAUGCAACAUUGAAAACGCACAUUAAAUUAAAUAAAACUAUUUUAUCGGAAAGGGUUAAAAACCAUGCUUUACAGGCAAUGGAGCAUAAAAAACUACUGGAGAAGCCAUCUACAGAAAAUGGCCUAUUGGAGAAUCAUAUUAAGCACGAGCUUGAAAUAGCACUUGAUGAGGGGUUUAGGUUGCACUUGGAUUCAAGUCCAGAAAAUUCUCCAAUAAAAAAACCUUCAGCAUGCUCUUCUUCUCCAGAGUUCAAACCAUCAGAAACACAAUGCAGUGACUGCAAGCAGCUGACAGAGCAGAUGGCUGCUUCUGCUGAGAGAGGGAAUACAGAAGACGACAACUCGGCGGCUGCAAAAUCCAACCCUCCAUCAUCUGAUCUGAGCAUUCAGAAAGAUAUUAGGAAACUGAAAGAAGCUGACAAGGACAGCAAUAGUCAGCCCAUCAUAGAUGCUGGACAGAAGCGGUUUGGUGCCAUCUCCUGUAAUUUGUGUGGCAUGCUGUACACCGCAUCUAAUCCUGAGGAUGAGACCCAACACAUGCUAUUUCAUAACCAGUUCAUCAGUGCGGUCAGAUAUGUGGGUUGGAAGAAGGAAAGAAUUGUGGCCGAAUACCCAGAUGGAAAAAUAAUUAUGGUAUUGCCAGAUGACCCUAAAUAUUCACUUAAAAAGGUUGAAGAGAUUAGAGAAAUGGUGGAUAAUGAUUUGGGGUUCCAGCAGGUUCCUCUUCGUCUUCAUUCCAGGACAAAGACGCUUCUCUUUAUCAGCAGUGAUAAGAAAGUUGUUGGUUGCUUAAUAGCGGAACACAUUCAGUGGGGCUAUAGAGUGAUUGAUGAUAUUAUUCCAAGUGGUAGUUCUGACAAGGAUCAGUUACUUUCGGAGCGAGUGAAAGCUUGGUGCUGCUCCACCUCUCCUGAGCCAGCUAUCUGCGGAGUGAGCCGCAUCUGGGUUUUUUCCAUGAUGCGACGGAAGAAGAUUGCAUCUAGGAUGCUUGAGUGUUUGAGGAACCAUUUCAUUUACGGAUCUCAUCUAAACAAAGAUGAAAUUGCUUUCUCUGAUCCAACUCCAGAUGGAAAACUGUUUGCAGCACAUUAUUGUGGCACUAGUCAGUUCCUAGUAUAUAAUUUUGUCAGUGGACAACAAGGGAGAUGAAGAUUUGCAGCUUCUCUAGUCUGCAGAUGAAACGUGUGUUGCGUCUUCAAAUGAUCCUAUAAAUGAACUCAGGCUGUGAACAUCCCAAGGGCUGUUCAUGUUUUUUUUAUUUUCUUAAAACUGGAUAAAGCUUAAUUUUUAAAGCAAAUAUUUUGAUAUCUUUUUCUUCCAGAAGAUCAUGGUUCAAAGUAUUUUGUAUACAGUACUUUAGUCAUGUUUACAUAUAGCAAAUUAUUUUGUUCAUAGUGGACUAAACUAAUUGUAAAGAUGGGAGACUCAGUGUAAACUGAAGUUCCUUAUAUGGGUAUAUACACCUGCACAAAUGCCUUUUGUUAAAGGGUAUUCCAUAUUGAGAUAUUUUGACUAUUAGAGAUAGGGGGGCAGAUGUAUUAAGGUUGUCUAUAUUACCUUCGUGCUCAGGACCUGAAAGUGACAAAACUUUGUUCUCCGUUCGUUUGGGGUAAAAAAAAAAAACUUCUUCUAUGUAGCAUUGGACCCUCGCGGGCUCGCUGCACACGCCACGCUUCGGGCUCAAUGUCUCGCUCCGCUUCACUCGCCACACUUUACUAUUCCAAAUAGUCCUCUCCACGAAGGUAAACUAGACGCUACCGAUGUAUUAAGCCUGGAGAAGUGAUAAAGCAGUGAUAAGUG